GUGACACUUCGCAUUCUUCUUCAACGAGUGAUGAAGUGUCUGUGCGUGGUGGUCUACGGCACCACAUUACAGGUGGUUUUGACAUCAAUCUUAUUGCAUUUAUAAAUGGGGAAUCGGCUGGAAUAUGCACAGUUUGCAAACAGCUAGAGUAGCAGUAGUUUACUAUUUAGUAAAAUAAAAUUUAUAUUCAAAAUGCAUAAAUACGCAAUCGUCACCCUCGCCCUGUGCGCCGUGGCCCUGGCCGCGCCGCAGCAAGGCCAACAACCAGUGGAGAUCCUCAAGCACGACGCCAUUGUAGGCCCCGAAGGAUAUCACUUUGAAUUCGAAACAAGCGACGGCACCGCCCGCCAAGAGCAAGGCACGCUGAAGCAGAUCAGCGAGGAGCACAAGGCUAUCGAAGUGCAGGGCAGCUACAAGUACACUGCGCCCGACGGCGUGGUGUACACCGUCACCUACACCGCCGGCGAGAACGGCUUCCAGCCGCAGGAGCACGUCGACCAGGCGCAGGGCCAGCAGUACCAGCAGUAAUACCACAACCGUUGAGAAGUUUAACUAAUUUUAAAGUCAAUGCCGAUCUGCAUACGUUCACGUGUCCAGUAGGAGUGUAGGGUAGUCCAUUCGGAUUAACAUUUGUCGAAUCAUUUGGAUGCGAAUUGCAAACCCUGUAGUCCAUUCAUUUCAAGAUUACUUUAACUCGGUUCAUUGCGAUACCGCAAUGGUAGAGGCAACAUGGAAGCUUUAUUUCUGUGACAUUUCAACACACUUCUUCUUCUUUGCUCAUUCUCAUACUAAACAGAAAUUUUAAUCGAGACCGUUUGCAAGUCCUAAGGAAUUAUCAAAUUUCAAUGAAAAGAAUUUUCAAAGGAAUUGGUGUUUUAAGCUCUGUCGUCGAUUUUGGAUACCUGUGUAGGUUUUACUACACGUUCAAAUUGUUAUAUAUUGCUUUGUGUUUAACUUUUUUCCUGAAUUUACUAAUUAUUCAUGUUUUUAUAAAUUUUUGUAAUUAUUUUUGUACAGAUUUCUAAAUAUAAUUGUUGUU